AUGAACUCAGGAGUGAUUGCUCAAACAACCUCAUCUUCCUUUGAGGUCAUCCGUCGUCGCAUGCAAGUAGGUAAUGUGCUGCACGAGGCCUUUGAUCUUGGCAUUGUUGGCACUUCUCGUAAAAUUUGGACGAAGAACGGAUUUCGUGGAUUCUUGGUCGGGCUGAGUAUUGGGUAUAUCAAGGUUGUGCCGAUGAUUGCGACUAGUUUCUUGAUUCAUGAAUGA